GGAUUACAGACAGUACACGCUUUCGCACAUGAGAAAUUUCCAGAAACAAAACCAAACUACCAAAGCGGCAAAUCCAGUGGGCGUCCCCGCCCUUUUAACACGGUCUUAAAUGACAGACAUAGGGGAGAGAGAGAGAGAGAGAGAGAGAUUCUUCUUGAUUUCUGCUUUUCUUGGUAGAAUUCCUCUGUAAUCCCGUGAUUACUUUCUCACCAGUCAACAAGCCAAAAACAAAGAACGAGAAAGAAAAAAACAGUUUCAUCAGUUUGCUCUGUUUUUUUUUUAUCAACAGAGCAGAAAAUUCUGUAAAGCUCACAUUUACCCUAUGGAUUCUCGCGUCUUGCUCGCAUUCUGUCUCUGUUUCCUCUCUCUACUCCCCAAGGAUCUCGCUCGUUCUGCUACAGACAAAAGCCCACAAGGGUCAGUGCUUAGAUUGACGACUGGGGUUUCAUCUGCUCCUUUUGAUCCCACUCGGGUCACCCAAAUUUCUUGGCGUCCCAGGGCUUUCAUUUACAAAGGGUUUUUGACAGAUGAGGAGUGUGAUCAUCUCAUUUAUCUGGCCAAGGAUAAGCUAGAGAAAUCCAUGGUGGCUGACAAUAAUUCAGGCAAGAGCAUAGAAAGUGAAGUUCGGACGAGCUCUGGCAUGUUUCUUAAUAAGGCCCAGGAUGAUAUAGUUGCUGGUGUUGAGGCUAGGAUUGCCGCUUGGACCUUCCUUCCCGAAGAGAAUGGGGAGUCCCUUCAAAUACUCCAUUAUGAGCAUGGUCAAAAGUAUGAGCCCCAUUUCGACUAUUUUUAUGACAAGAUCAACCAAGAACUUGGUGGGCACCGGGUAGCCACUGUUCUUAUGUAUUUGUCUGAUGUUAAGAGGGGUGGAGAAACUGUCUUUCCUGAUUCUGAGGCUAAAGUUACUCAACCAAAGGACGAUGAUUGGUCUGACUGUGCUAAAAAGGGCUACGCAGUGAAACCCAACAAGGGGGAUGCUUUGCUGUUCUUUAGUCUUCAUCCCAACACAACCCCCGAUCCAUUGAGUUUGCACGGGAGCUGCCCCGUGAUAGAGGGUGAGAAGUGGUCAGCGACCAAGUGGAUUCACGUGCGGUCUUUUGAGAAAAUGGGAAGGAAAGCAAAUGGAGACUGCAGUGAUGAGAAUGAGAACUGCGCGAAGUGGGCUGCCGCCGGGGAAUGUGAAAGGAAUCCUAUAUAUAUGGUUGGCUCCGAAGACGUGGGUGGAUUUUGUAGGAAAAGCUGCAAGGUUUGCUCGUCCUCGUCCUCGUCCUAGGCUUCCUCUUCGGGUGUUUUGCAUCUUGAUUUUGUCUUAAAAGGUGAGGAGUUGUCUAGAUUAAGGGCUCGUUUGGCAAUCUUGCUUAUUAGCUUAUCUUCUCUUAUUUUUCCUCUUGAUUGAGGCACAAAAUAAAGAAAUGAGCAAGGGCUACCAAACAGGCCCCUGUUGUUGUAUAUAAUAGCAUUGAACUAUUCUUAGAAACUAAAGGAAUCAAAAUAAAGAGGAAGAAUGCCGCAAGGAGAAUCGAAAUCAUACUUGUUGGAACUUUUGUAGUUGCUGGCAUCUUGCACAUUUAUUGAUCUUAUGGUGAAGCAUAUGGCUGUUAUCUGAUCUCUCU